GCGGAGGUUGGAGCGAGGCGUCGGGAUGCAGCGCCCCGGGCCCUUCAGCACCCUCUACGGGCGGGUCCUGGCCCCGCUGCCCGGGCGGGCCGGGGGCGCGGCCUCUGGCGGAGGCGGGAACCGUUGGGGCGUCCCGGGUUCCCACGUGCAGCCUCCUGGGUGUUCACAGUCCGGUACCUACGGCAGCACUAGUAGUACAAGCACUAGCAGCGGGGACGCGAACAGUGUCUACCCGGGUCCUUCUACGAUGUCCAAGGCGGAGGAGGCCAAGAAGCUGGCGGGCCGCGCGGCAGUGGAGAACCACGUUAAAAAUAACCAAGUACUGGGAAUUGGAAGUGGUUCUACAAUUGUCCAUGCUGUGCAGCGAAUAGCUGAAAGAGUCAAACAAGAGAAUCUGAACCUCGUCUGUAUUCCCACUUCCUUUCAGGCCCGCCAGCUUAUCCUGCAGUAUGGCUUAACUCUCAGUGACCUGGACCGACACCCAGAGAUUGACCUCGCCAUCGAUGGUGCUGAUGAAGUAGAUGCUGAUCUCAAUCUCAUCAAGGGUGGUGGAGGCUGCCUGACCCAGGAAAAAAUUGUGGCUGGCUAUGCUAGUCGCUUCAUUGUGAUUGCUGAUUUCAGGAAAGAUUCAAAGAAUCUUGGGGAUCAGUGGCACAAGGGAAUCCCUAUUGAGGUCAUCCCAAUGGCCUACGUCCCAGUGAGCCGAGCUGUGACUCAGAAGUUUGGGGGUGAAAUUGAACUUCGAAUGGCCGUCAACAAGGCAGGUCCUGUGGUGACAGAUAAUGGGAAUUUUAUACUGGACUGGAAGUUUGACCGAGUGCACAAAUGGAGUGAAGUGAACACAACCAUCAAAAUGAUCCCAGGCGUGGUGGACACAGGCCUGUUCAUCAACAUGGCUGAGAGAGUCUACUUCGGGAUGCAGGAUGGCUCAGUGAACAUGAGGGAGAAGCCUUUCUGUUGACUCUGCGGGAGUGGAGUGUGCUCGCCUUUAGUCUCCAGCCCACGGCCCAGGUGGACGUGCCUCUCCAGGAGCCUUUGCCUUAAUGUAUCUGUGCCAGGUGACAACUGGCAGGGGUGGGAGUUUGGGGGGUGUUAAAUCCAGUCUUAUGAAGUAUUAUUAUUGUCUUUUUAAAAAAAGAAAUAUAGACAUAUAUAUUUUUACUAUUAAAAAUACUCAUUUUUUUUUUUAUGAAGUAGAACUUGAUUUCAUGUUUUAUAAAAAACAUAUACCAAAAAAAAAGAGAGGGGGACUAUGUUAAACUUUUAACUUGAGUCUGCUGGUUAAGCUUCUGAAUAUUGGGUUUGCUGAGAAAUGUAAAUCAAAACUUUUCUUUAAACUGGUGAAAUGAAGGGGCCCGUCCAGCAGUGAUUUCCUUGAUGCCUUACUGGAAACAUUGAUGAGUUUGUUUACUUGUCUUCCACACUCUGUUUUGUUGUAGUUUUCAUUGUGACCACGCACAAUACCUAUUACGUAUUUUAAGAUGAGGUUUACAAACAUCUGGCGAGUGGAGCAGUGUGGGGUGUAGUGACUCAAAGUGUAAACUAUCGGAGAAAAUGUGAUUGUUCUUUUGCUAAGAUCAGGGGAUUCAUUUAGGCCCCUGUUGUUGGACGCUAUUGGCCAGAAAUACUUGCCAGUACUGCCAAAGCACUGCUGUGAAAUGUGAAAUACUUUUAAAUGAUUGUCUUUUGUUGUUAACAGUUUGUUCAUUCCUUUGUUAUUACUUGCAUGGUUCGGCAUCAGAAGUUGUCACCUCUUUAUAUUGUUGAAGAUUGAAAUAAAAUAGUAUGGUGCCA